AUGCAGGCCAUUGGUCGGCUCAGCGCUGUCAUCUUUGCGCCCGUCACGCCGCCCGAUCUGCGCCUCACCAUCGUCAACAUAUUUCUCGCCCUCAUGCAGCUCACGCCGCAGGGGGAGUGCCGGGCGGCCCUCGAGCAGCUGGUGGCGCUCGACGUGCUGCCUCGGCUGGUGGGUCUGGUCAAGACCUCCCGCUCCUCCACGCUCCUCCACUCGUCGGUGCUGCACCUCCUCCGCCGCUCCUUCCUGGCCGGGCUGCCGGCGGCCUACUACGAGAAGACCAUGCACGCCGAACUCUGCCGCCUGCUCGCCGUCGUCGGCUGCCCGUCCCUCGAACACAAGGCGUUCGCCAUGCAGUGCCUCCAGCACGCCCUCCUCGCCUACCCGCAUCUGGUGUUCGCCGACCACCUCUUCGCGAUGAUGGACCUCUACCACGCCGCCUCGCUCGCCCUCGAUCGCGUCAAGGGCACGUGCACCUCUUCCUCCUCGUCCCCUUCCUCAUGGCUGGCGGCGGCGGCGGCGGCGGGGCGGUAG